CGGAAGUAAAUAAACUUAAGCGGAACGCGUGAAUAGCGAAUGCUAAUCUGCUCUCUUGCCAUCAAAAUGGCAAAUCUGGAGCAGUGGGUUAGUGACCGGCUCCAUGACAUCUUGGGGCUGAGCGAUAGAUAUGUGGCCCAAUUCAUGAUCGGCCUGGUAAAGAAGUCCUCUGGGCCACAGGACUUUGUUGUUCGUCUGCAACAGACUGGAACUAUUGACAUUGACCAGAGAAUAACUGCAUUUGCCCAGGAGUUAUACAACAAGGUUCCAAAGAAACAGGUCAUUGAGAAACCAGCAAGAGCAAUAGAGCGUCAGGCUAUAGAGAUGGAGCGAAAGAACAAAACUUACACUCUUCUGGAGGACAGUGAUUGUGAUGAAGAGACACCCAGAGAAAUGGGGAAAGAAAAGAAAAGCAAAGAGAAGGACAGAGGGAAGAAAAGGAAGCAUCUCAGACAAAAAAGAGAUGAAAGUCCAUCAUCAAGCGAAGACGACAGAAAAAAUCGCACCAAGGCAGCUUCACCUGAGCCAAAGAAAGCAGUGAAAGAGGAAGAAGAGGAAGAAGAGUGGGAAAAGGAGGAACGAGAGAGGCUACAGGAUCUGGAAGAGAGGGAUGCCUUUGCAGAAAGAGUGAAGAAGAGGGAUAAAGAGAACACUAGGCACAUACUUGAGAGGAAUGACAAAAAGGCAUAUGAAGAGGCUCAGAAGAGGUUGAAGAUGGCUGAAGAUGAUCAAAAGAAGAUGCUGCCAGAGCUGCGGAAACAGUCCCGCUGGGCAUACCUGGCCAAGAGAGAAGAGGAGAAGCUGGAGGACCUGGAGGCAGAGAUCGUGGACGAGGAGUAUCUGUUCUCCAACGAGAAACUCACUGAACAUGAGAGGAAAGAACUGGAGUACAAAAAGCAGAUCCGAGACCUGGCGCAAGACUACAAGAAAGCCGGAGCAAGGGAGAAAGAGGAGAGAAAGAACCGUUAUUACAUGCCAGAGGAGGUCAGAAGUAAGACGAUUCCCCAGAGAGACAUGGAGCUGGAGUUUGACGAGGCCCCCCGUGAGGGGGGCGGGGAGCAGGGGCGCUGGGAGGAGGCACGCGUCGCCACAGCCACCCUGCAGUUCGGGGCACGCGAGGAGAGGGAGAGACGUCUGAAGGAAGAGAAAGAGAAGUACCAGCUAGUGCUCGAGGAAGAGGAGAUGAUCAACUUUGUCAGCACUGCCAUCACCAUGAAGGGGACGCUCUCUGAGAAGGAAAGUGAGCCCGAACUCUCUCAGGCUGAGAAAGAGAUGCUGUCCAUCCAGGAGGUGAGACGUAGCCUGCCAGUGUUCCCCUACAGGGAGGACCUCCUCUCUGCUAUCCGAGACCACCAGAUCUUGGUCAUCGAGGGUGAGACUGGUUCUGGCAAGACCACCCAGAUCCCUCAGUACCUCAAAGAGGAUGGUUACACUAGAGGAGGGAUGAAAAUCGGCUGCACGCAGCCUCGUCGGGUAGCAGCCAUGUCUGUGGCAGCCCGAGUGGCUCAAGAAAUGGGAGUUAAACUGGGCAAUGAGGUGGGCUAUAGCAUCCGUUUUGAGGACUGUACGUCUGAACGCACCGUGCUGAAAUACAUGACUGACGGUAUGCUCCUCAGAGAGUUCCUCACUGAACCUGACCUGGCCAGCUACAGCGUGAUCAUCAUCGACGAAGCGCACGAGAGGACGCUGCACACGGACAUCCUGUUCGGCCUGAUCAAAGACAUUGCCCGCUUCCGGCCCGACCUCAAGGUGCUGGUGGCCAGCGCAACCCUGGACACAGAGCGCUUCUCCUGCUUCUUUGAUGAUGCACCCGUCUUCCGCAUCCCGGGCCGCCGUUUUCCCGUCGACAUCUAUUACACCAAGGCUCCAGAGGCCGAUUAUCUAGAGGCAUGUGUGGUAUCGGUCCUGCAGAUCCACGUCACGCAACCCGCUGGUGACAUCCUCGUGUUCCUGACGGGACAGGAGGAGAUUGAGGCAUGUUGCGAGCUGCUGCAGGAGAGGUGUAGACGGCUCGGUUCAAAGAUUGCUGAGCUCAUCGUCCUCCCCAUCUAUGCCAACCUGCCCUCUGACAUGCAGGCCAAGAUUUUUAACCCCACACCUCCCGGAGCACGCAAGGUUGUCGUAGCAACAAACAUAGCGGAAACUUCGCUCACCAUUGAUGGCAUCAUCUACGUGAUCGACCCAGGCUUCUGCAAGCAGAAGAGCUACAAUGCCCGCACAGGCAUGGAGUCACUCAUUGUGACGCCGUGCUCACGGGCCUCGGCCAAUCAGCGGGCAGGGCGGGCGGGCCGCGUGGCUGCUGGAAAAUGCUUUAGGCUCUACACGGCCUGGGCCUUUAAGCACGAGAUGGAGGAAACCACGGUCCCCGAGAUCCAGAGGACCAACCUGGGCAAUGUGGUUCUGCUGCUGAAGAGUCUGGGCAUAAAUGAUCUCAUCCAUUUUGACUUCAUGGACCCUCCGCCACAUGAAACCCUGGUCCUGGCCCUGGAGCAGCUGUACGCUCUUGGGGCCCUUAACCACCUGGGAGAGCUUACCAAGAUGGGGAGGCGAAUGGCUGAGCUCCCAGUAGACCCCAUGCUUAGCAAAAUGAUCUUGGCCUCUGAACAAUACAAGUGCUCAGAGGAGGUGCUGACCAUCGCUGCCAUGCUGUCCGUCAACAACUCCAUCUUCUACCGGCCCAAAGACAAGGUGGUGCAUGCAGACAAUGCCCGAAUGAACUUUGUGGUGCCUGGAGGCGAUCAUCUAGUGCUCCUGAAUGUAUACACACAGUGGGUGGAGAGCGGUUACUCCACUCAGUGGUGUUAUGAGAACUUUAUUCAGUACCGCUCCAUGAAGCGGGCGCGAGACGUCCGGGAGCAGCUGGAGGGACUGAUGGACCGAAUCGAAGUGGAGCUCUGCAGCGCUAACGAUGACUCCAUCCCCAUCCGCAAGGCAAUCACAGCAGGUUAUUUCUACCACACGGCUCGCCUCAGCAAAGGAGGUUACAAGACGGUGAAGCACCAGCAGACCGUGUAUGUCCACCCCAACAGCUCCCUGUUCGAGGAGCAACCCCGCUGGAUCAUCUACCAUGAGCUGGUCUUCACCACCAAGGAGUUCAUGCGCCAGGUGAUCGAGAUAGACAGCGGCUGGCUGCUGGAAGUGGCUCCUCACUACUACAAGAGUAAAGAACUGGAAGACGGCAGCAGCAAGAAAAUGCCCCGGAAGCAGGGCAAAGCUCGGGAGGAGCUGGGCUGACCUUGGAGCGAAGCCUGCCCGCCAUUGCUGCCAAGUAAGGCCCCAGCUACAAUGGCCCAGCAGAGCCCCACAGGGUGAAAAGGAGAAAAUCAAGCAUGUGUAUGGAGAGGACCAUGAACAGUCUUCUUUAUUCCACCCAGAGCCAAAGCCGUGUGGCUUUGUCACUCUCAAAGCUACAGGCCACUCUUCUCAAUUAGCAUGUUUGCAGAGUGGAAGAUGAUAAGAUAUCGGUUCUUUAAAUUUGCUGUACUACGUUAUAUGUUUCAUUUGGUAUGAAAUACACACUGUAAUGGCAGUGUUUAAAUAGUGAGAUGCCCACAAUAAUUGUGUGGCAACAACAAUUGUUUGGGAAAGAGAGAGUCCCAGUGACUCAGGAUUCCAUCUGAUACCCGUCACCUUGAGUUACAGUUUGCUGGAGCUAUUUUCGUAUGCUUAAAUCAGUCUGGAUUAACAAAGCGCACAGUCAUCCCAUCAGAAGAAUGACCGGUAUCUUCAGAGGCUGUUAUCUUGAGCUAGAUCCCAAGGCAAACGCACACAGUGGGUGUGUGUUGAUUUAAGCAUGAAUGUGCAAAAAACAAACUCUUAAACAGGGGCCAAACAACAUGGAACUGAACUUGAAAGUACAAUAUUUAAACAUUUUACUUCAGUUUGGUUUAUGUUUCUGGAACUUGUGAAUUCAUGUUUUGAGUACUAAGGAUUUAUUAUUCAAGUUACUUUUUUAGGCAUUCCUGUACCUCUGCACUGAUUUUAAAUACACAUACACUGUGCAGUUAAAAGUAAAAAUAAAAUUCUAUUGCUUUUUUUUUCAUACAUUUUGUUCAUUGAAAUAGGAAUGGAUGUUUUGUACCUAAAAUGCAUCUAGUAAAAGGGAAAAAAAUAACCUAAGGUGAGCAAUGGGUUAAUAUGUUACAGCUUCAUUGAUUAUUACCCUCAUAUUUUCACCUUCCGUGAGGUCUCACUGGGAAGAACAAAACUUGCAGGUCCUAGGUGAAGGUACCUGAGGGAAAAGUCAGAUUAAUAAGUAUAUUUAAAAGGAAACAAAAACACCUGAGAUGGCUGAUUCUGGAAAACACAAAAUUCAAGGUGUGUCUUUAUUCAGUAAUGCAGCAGCUGUGGUGUAUUCUAAGAUGGCAUGUAUCUAUCCUCAGUUUAUACAUCAUUUUUGUGUGGUGUAUAGCAUUCUGCAGAGACUUUGCGUACUACAAUGUUAUUUUCAAAACAGAUUGCCAGACUUUGUGAUCUGGGAACCAAGAAUACAAUGGUAGUGUGAUUUAGGCAAGCCAGUGGCAUUUUCAGAGUUUUCCUUAUUCUGUAAAAUGGACUGUUCUAACCACUGACGGAUGUCCCAGUGAUUUCAAGAGGUUUGGAAUGCUUCGCCCGGUUUCCUGUUUUAACAGACAUCUGACUGAUUUAUAAUAAGCUUUUGUGUUCAUUGUGCAUUUGUUUCCUCCAAUCCUCCAUGUUGCCUAAGAGGCGUACUCAUCUUCGCUGGCUAAUUCCAAGCAGGUGAUCAACAAUUUUUUUUAGGUGCUUGCUAAACUGUUUGCGUUUAGCAGACUUCUGAGUCAUAUUUGUUCUGCACUGCUUAGCCAUCAAAUAAAUGUGCCAAUGCUGUCAUGUUCUUA